UGAAGACCCUGCUCUGUCUUCCUCCCUACUAUGAUCCUGAAGGAAAAACCCGAACAAGAUUCAAGAUUUCAGAUUUCGACUCAGGAAAGUAAAGAAUAUGAAGAAAUUCAGUAUUCUUCAUUCUGUUCUCUUGUUCAACCUCAUGCUUGAGUUUACUUGCAUGGCCCAACACAAUCAUACAAACUAUUGUGGUGAGAUCAUGAGCCAAACAUCAUCUUCAUCUUCUUCUUCAUCUAUAUUGAAUAACAUAACCCUAUGCAGAUCACACAACCUUUACUUCAGAACAUCUCUGGGCCUUUUCAAAGUUACUUCCAUCGACUAUAACGCUAGAACAGUAACAAUAUCACAUUCUUCUUCUUCCUCUCUCCAAUUUGUUUCUCCUCAGGCGGUCACUGCUGGUUUUCCUUCUCCUCCGGAAUCUGAUUCACUUCUUCUCUUCAACUGUUCCAUCAAAAGAAGAAACAAAAACAUCAUUUCGCCAUUCUUGCAUAACUGCAGGGAACUAUACUCAUCUAAGCCUUAUGAAUGUUUAGUUGUUAAGGACGUCCACAAAAUUGACAAGGGGUUUCAUCCUAGGCAUUUGAACUGCUCAAAUUACAUGUGGGUCCAUAAAAGUUCUUCAGAUGUUAGCAACUACGGAGGAUAUAAGUUGGGUACGAGGAUCUCUUUCGACAUUCCGGAUCAUGUUCCAGAUCUGUGUAAGGAGUGUGAGAAGCCUCAUGGGAACUGUGGGGCUGGGUUGAAGUGUCUAUGCCACACCAAAGAAUGCAAAGACGAGAUCCUAUCGUCCGAUGGGUCCAUAAGCGACAUUGGUAACGUCUUCUUUUCUCUGCUCUGUAUUAUUACUGUGCUGAUUUUUGUAAUGGAAAUAUAAGCAAAGGGUAUUAGAAGAUUGAGUUCUUAUAAGGCCAGAGAGUCCUUAGUGAUGAAAUUAAAUUAGAAAUAUUACAUAUCUUAGGUCUGCAAGAUGAAGAUGGGUGUAUGGAUCUCUUUUUGUUGUUUUUUGUUAAAGUGAUAUUUCAUAUUAUGUG